UGCCAAUGGACAAGUCAACAGGCAACGUUCCUCCUUCACACCGGUUUAAAUCUCGCAAUGGAAGGGCGCUCGUGUGCAAAAACUAAGCCCUCAGAUUCUUUUCAUAUGUGUGCGAACGUUUGCACUCUUCUUUAAAUUAACCGUCACGUUAUAAAUGGUGGAGCGCGAGUGGGCACAGGAGUAUUUGUCAUCACCAUUGGAAACGAGACGCCUCAUCAAAUCGAUGCUAAAGUAGCCAGCUAACCGCUCCUGUAAUGGUAAACAAACCAAAAUGGCCACCAAGCCAAAAGGGAAGCCUCCUAAAAAAGGCCCAUUCAGUGGUGGAGAUUUUCUCGACAGUUCAUUUGACAGUGACAAAUUCCCACUAAGAAGGAAAUCAGGACGUGGUGGAUUACAACAUAGCACAUCUGACAUUGAAAACAUCUUCAGUAUGCUAGACGAUUUAAAUUUGGAUAAAGCCAACACUGAGGGUCCAGAUGAUAUGAAUGCCGCAUCAAAGAAAACAACUAAUUCACCUUCUGUCGAAAUGAAACAAUCUGAGAAUGAAGUGUUCUUGCCAGAACCAGAUAAAGCCAGUGAUAUAAAACCAAGCGAAGCAGAUGACCUCGAUGAAACUGCCAUAGAAGGGAAGAAAAUCAACUCAUCUUUUGCACGUAACAAAAAGUUCAGCUUCUCUGACCUUGAUGACCAGGAUGAUUUGGAUGACCUGGUUGACCUGCUGGAUGGUUUACCGCCACAUAAAAACAAGACGCCAUCAAAAUCCAAAUCACAGCCAACCAAACCUGAAAAAUCCGCACCUUCACAUUCGGCAUCUCUGGGCCAAAAAAAGGAAACAAAUACUGGAGCAAAAAAACUCAACGACCUUGCGUUUGAUGAUGAGAAAGACGAUUUGAUUGAUGAGCUUGGCUUGGACUGUGAAAUUCCCAAGAAAAACGACAAUGUGCUUUGGUCCAACAGGGAAAGUGAGCAACCACAGCGAGCUCGCACCAGACUCGAUGAAAUUCUGGAGAACUGUAAUUCUCGUCGUCCGGAAUGGCCACCAUCGGGUGCUAAGAAGGACCAGCCCCUGUCUCGGGAGAAAAACUUCAGUAUGAAAGAAACCCUUUUGGAAGAUGACCUCGCAUUUGGGUCCUAUCAGCCCACAAUGGGAGACACCUCUUCAGGACUCCAGUCCCGUCGGCAGUCCAUCAGAUUCCCCACGGAGGAUGUCAGUGCUUCCACCCCGGAGAAAAAGCCUCCCACGGCCCCAACCGCGAAUCGAUCUCGCAACCCAGCGGACUGGCUCUGUCUCAAAGCCAACGAUGAGCAGAGCCACCUUGAAGAUGACGUCAAAGAGAAGAAGACGUCCACAGACUCUCCAAAAUCUCCUUCUUCUCCCCUAUUGGAGAGAAAGCACUUUCUGUCUGGUGAGCAGAAUUUAUCAGCCGCUAAAAUAGAAGUGAAUGCCUCCGUUUUGACUGACACCAGCGCAGUCAAGCCCGAGGCUAUUAAAAGACAGAAGAAGGACGAGGAGGAGGAGGAGGAUGACUGGUUGGCAGGAGCUCUGAGCAGGAAAAAGUCUUUCUCGGGAUCAAAGUUUGAUGCCAAAAUUUUAAAUCAGGAACAAUCUUUAGGCCUUGGAGAAGAAGUGGAUCUGGAGUCACUUGUUAGGAAGGAAGCCCCUUCACACGCCCGCAGAGGCAGAAACAACAUCCCUGGGAACCAAUCGUCACCCUCCAAGGAUGCUGGCUCCUCACAUGGACAACCGAGCCUUGCUGAUCUACAUUCGCUUCAAAGAGAAGAGAGAGCCAAGCAAGCGCUCCCACAGCAAAACCUCAUGCCAAACUCAUUAGCCGCUGUCCAGAAACAGGUGCCAUUUUCAGCUGACAGCUUGCAGCAAUUGUUACUACAACAGCAGAUGAUGCAGUCUCAGUUAUUGGGGCUCCGGGGUGUUUUGGAUGCUGGGGCCCUGCAAAAACUCAAUGAGCAGCACCGCGGUGACGGAGAGGAUUUACAAGCGCGUAUCAUUCAGCUGGAGGGACAAGCUAAGACUCUGCAGCUGGAGCGAGACCACUGCCAGAAGUUGCUGGAAAGUGUCCAGCAGCAGCAUCAACAGGACAUAGAACUCAUGGAAAACGCACACAAGACUCGCGUUAAGCUUCUUGAGGAAUCGGCGAUCCAGCGGGAGACGCGGAUGCGGCAGGAGAGCGAUGACCUAAUUGAACGCUUGGCCGCGCUAACGCAAGCGGCCGAGAAGGAGCGUUCGGACCUGCAGGCUCACUACCAGCGUAAACUGGCGCAGUUCCAGCAAGACCAAGACCGAGAUGUUGAGAGACUCCGGGAUUUGCAACGAAAAUCUAUCACAGAGAUGAAGAGAGACCACGAAGACCAUGUCAAUCGGCUGAAAAGGCUGAAAGAAGAAGAGAUUGACGCGGUAACAAGUGCAACAUCCGAGACCAGGUCUCUAACGCUUGUAAUCGAGAAGAUGGAGCAGUUUUCUUUUCGACUUGGGGAUCUCUCCACUUUGGUCGAGAGCAGGCAUGAACACACAACCCACGGCUUGGAGCAAGGCGCGCGACACCGAGAUGAGCAGCUUCGAAUCAUGCAGGAGCGUUUGGCUCAGCAGCAGAAAAUGAUGGCGGAGGAGAAGGCUUACCUUAAGGAGAUCAUCUCCAGGAUGGACACUCAGCUCAAUGAACAGCAGAGACAAAUUGAGAAGGAGCGUUGGAAGAUAACAACAGAGCAAGCCAAGGUUGAGUCGUCCCUGAAGAGCUUGGAAGAAGAACGCCGGUCCCUGACUAUGCAGAUGAGCAUGGAGAGAGAGGAGCUGGAAAGAGCCAAGAGUGCGUUACUGGAGGAGCAGAAGUCGGUAAUACAGCAGUGUGCAGAGGAGAGAAGAAAGUUGGCCGCGGAGUGGAACAUCUUUCAUACCCAGGAAAAGCAGCGUCGAGAAAGGGCCGAACAGGAUGUCAGCACGUUACUGGAGAGGAGAGAGGGCUCCAUUAUGAGUCUUGCGCAGGAACAGGCUGAUUUGAAGCUUCGCAGCGGAGAGCUAAAACUAAAAGAGACGGCUGUGGCACAGGAGAGAGAGGCUCUGGAACAACUGAAAGGAGAACUGGAGCAAGAAAAAGGGAGGAUCAGCAGCACUGCUCUGAGGCUCAAAAUCCGAGCACAAGAAGUUGAGGCCUUCAGCAAGCUUGCAGCAGAAAAGUAUGAGGAAGGAGAACAGGCGUUGCAGGAAGCCAAACGUGUAGAGUCCGAACACCAGGCAAGGCUGAGAACAAUUCAUUCCCAGAUUGAGAGACUGAGGCAGCUAGAACAACGUGCUCUUCAGGAGCGAAUAAGGUUUAAUCCACAGGAAGCAACAGAGAAGCCGAAGCUAGACCCUCCGAGAGGUUCUUUGAAACAAGCCAAUUCCAUCCUCCCAGACUCAGGUUCAGCAAUACCAGAGCCAAAAUUGACACCACCUUUAACCACUCAGACAAUGCCCAAUUCGCAGUCUGUGGCACUCCAAGCAAGUCUGGCUAUAUGGAAGUACAAUGCGCGAAAGGAGCACGACUACCUGCAAGAGCAGCAAAUCUUCCUUGAAAGCUUGAAGAAAAAGUCAUACAGACAGAAGUCACACUGGGCUCCAGCUUCCUGAUUCAAGCUCACUUUUGGGGCCUUUAUAUAUUUUUGUACAACAUUGUUUAUU